GGCGGCCUCCUGCGCGGCCUCCUAGUCUUCGCCUGCAUCUAACCUCGGACCUGGAGCCUUGGGCCAGGGGAACCAGGGUCCCCGGCACGCGGGAGGCACAGAGGACACCUAGACCCGACCCAGGCUAGGAGCGGGAAAUGUUUUGCUGGCGGGUUAUCAGCGGGCGGAGACCGCGACCCCCAGGGACUUAGGAGGGCAGAGAGUCUGGGCCGGUAACGCCCGGACCAUCCCGGCCCAAAGAGGCGGAAGGCCCCAGCCAGGAAGGGUGUCGCGCGCGAGUAGAGGCCGCUGGAGCAGGCCAGGGAUGAGCGGCCCGGCGCUGGAGGUCGGGAGGAAACUCGACCCGCGCGGCCUGGGAGCCAGGACAGGCCCACGGGUUCCCGCAGCCUGGCCCAGUUUACCAGGACUCCCGUUGCUGGCCGAGGCCCUUGCUCGCGCGGUCUCCCAGCUUUUGAACCGGGUGGAGGAGACUUGCUUUUUCCCUGUUUGGCAGAGCCGAGGUAGUUGUCCGAGUUGGCCGAGGGAACCCUGUAAAGCUACAGUCCCUCAACAUCACCCUAACAAUAGACAUCGGAGGAAUGGCGAGGUCCUUUAAUGCCGUGUGUGCAAACUGAAGGUUUAAAAACGUAAAGUUGAAGUAAAUGUUGGCGUCUGAAACGGUGUUAGCUUCUACUUUUGGCUCGCAGUAUGAACUCAAGGACAACCCUGGGGUGCACCCCGCCACCUUCGCAGCCCACACAGCACCAGCCUAUUACCCCUACGGCCAGUUCCAAUACGGGGACCCCGGGCGGCCCAAGAACGCCACGCGCGAGAGCACCAGCACGCUCAAGGCCUGGCUGAACGAGCACCGCAAGAACCCGUACCCCACCAAGGGCGAGAAGAUCAUGCUGGCCAUCAUCACCAAGAUGACCCUCACGCAGGUCUCCACCUGGUUUGCCAACGCGCGCCGGCGCCUCAAGAAGGAGAACAAGGUUACAUGGGGUGCGCGCAGCAAGGACCAGGAGGACGGUACCCUCUUUGGUAGCGACACUGAGGGUGACCCCGAGAAAGCCGAGGACGAUGAAGAGAUAGACCUGGAGAGCAUUGACAUUGACAAGAUUGACGAACAUGACGGCGACCAGAGCAACGAGGAUGAGGAGGACAAGGCAGAGGCGCCUCGCGCGCCCGCCGCUCCUGCUGCGCUUGCCCGGGAUCAGGGCUCGCCGCUAGCAGCUGCCGACAUGCUCAAGCCCCAAGACUCGCCCUUGGGUCUGGCCAAGGAUGUCCCAGAACCUGGAAGCACUCGCCUGCUGAGCCCUGGCGCCGCGGCAGUCGGCCUGCAGGGCGCGCCGCACAGCAAGCCCAAGAUCUGGUCGCUGGCGGAGACAGCCACCAGCCCCGACGGCGCGCCCAAGGCGUCUCCGCCGCCGCCCACGGGCCAUCCGGGUGCCCAUGGGCCUCCCACCGGUGCGCCGCUGCAACACCCCGCUUUUCUGCCUAGCCACGGACUGUAUACCUGCCACAUCGGCAAGUUCUCCAACUGGACCAAUGGUGCGUUCCUAGCACAGGGCUCGCUGCUGAACAUGCGUUCCUUCCUGGGCGUCGGAGCGCCCCACGCCGCGCCCCAUGGGCCGCACCUGCCAGCGCCACCACCGCCACAGCCACCCGUCACUGUUGCCACCGGGGCUCUCCACGUCGACAAGGCCUCGGCCCGUAGCAGCCCUGCGCUCCCAGAGAGAGACCUCAUUCCUAGGCCGGAUUCGCCCGCACAACCGUUAAAAUCGCCCUUCCAGCCGGUACGAGAAAACUCGCUGGCCCCGCAGGAGGGAACGCCGCGGAUCCUAGCAGCGCUCCCGUCAGCCUGAUUAAGGGUCUUCUUUUACUUUUGCGGGGGGAGGGGGGAGGAGUUGGGAGGGAGGAGAUGAGGGAGGAAUUAAGACAAAUAUUUCAGACUGGUGUAAAGGACAAAUAUGACAACGACGUCAACGACUCUCAUCCAUCGCUUUCCUGCAGAAAGGGGCUCGUCCACCCUGAGCUCGCGACCCGGUGGCCAGGCCUCUGCCUGCGGCUCCGGUGGCUGUCACCACGCUCGGGUUGAUUAUCCGAUUCGGUAAAUGACCCCACCUGCUUGUGUCUUCUUUUUCUUUGUUUUUUUUCUUUCUUUCUUUCUUUCUGUAAAUAGAGUGAUUUCAGAUUGUAAAUAGCGCGUCAGCGAACUUGUCUAAAUCAUAUAUUUUUGUCUAAUAAACUAAAUGAAAUGAA